CAUAGCCUGAAGAAUGCAGUGCUGACUUUCACAAAGCAACAAAGGAACGACCAUUUCAUCACAAAUGACGAAUAUGCGGAAACCAACGCCAGCAGUCUCGUUCGGCAGUCGCGUUCUUGGAACGACGGCACUAUCGACCCGAAUCUCGGCUAUGCUUCUGCUCGCGGUUUCUUUCGGGUAUAGUCCAAGAACAACAACGUCGGGGUUUGUCGUUUCGCCUCCGCGAACAGCUACAACAUCACUCCAAUCUACCAAACCGGUCACCCGUGAAAUUUAUACCUCGGCCGACCUGGAGUCCUCUUGGGGAGACGACGCCAACGAGGCAGCGUGUUUGGCAGCCCGUGGGAACACGCAGAUCAUUGGUUCCCCCGAUCACCCGGGCGUGACGCAUCCGGUGAUCCGCGUUCUGCACGAUCGAAAACGAAGGCGGCAACAAGCAGCUGCCGUCGCAACGGAAAAAAAGGAGGAGGAUGGCGGCAAGGAACCAAAAAUUGCGCUGGUCAUCGAAGGGGGCGGGAUGCGAGGCUGCGUUACGGCUGGUAUGGUGUGCGCGAUCGACUAUCUGGGACUGAGAAACUGCGUUGACGUUGUCUACGGAUCCAGUGCGGGUUCCAUCAUUGGCGCAUACUUUAUAACGGGGCAAUUGCCGUGGUUCGGCCCGGAAGUCUACUACGACCAGCUGACGACGGCCGGGAAAUCCUUUAUCGACACCGGCCGCUUGCUGCGGGCGUUGGGACUCGGCGUUCUCAACCCCAAACUCCUGCGCGACGUAAUUACGAGGAGGAACUCCGGGAAGCCCGUUCUGGAUCUAGACUUUUUGCUGCAAGAAACUAUGCAGCGAACCAAGCCCCUCGAUUGGGCAACCUUCGAAGAGAGGCAACAAACGAAUACCCAGCCGCUAAAGAUUGUGGUCUCGGGUCUGAAACGCGAAGAACCCAUGGUGUUGGAGUACGGGGACAGGCAUUUCGGGUCGCUGGAGGAAAUGUCCAGGUGCAUGCACGCUUCCGCCCUGCUGCCGGGGAUCGCCGGUCCCGUGGUGAACCUCUUGGUCAACGAGGACGCGAAGGACCGGAAGCCGAGGUUCGUCCUCCGGAACAACCUGGGGGACGACGACUACGAACCACUGGCGGACGCCCUGGUCUACGCACCCAUUCCCUACGAGGCGGCGAUGGCCGACGGAGCGACCCACAUGGUGGUCCUGCGGUCCAAGCCCGACGGCGGGGACGUGAUCGGCAAGGGCGGGAGCAUCGGAGAGCGGUUGGUCUGGUCCCGGUUUUUCUUGCGCAAGAACAAGCUGCCGGGGAUCUACCGGAGGCUGCGGAAGCAGCUCCACAAAAAGCUCUACGCCCGAAGCGUCCUGGAGCUCAACGAGGCGGCCCACGAGGACACCAAGGCUUCGAACCUUCUGCCCCCGACGCUGACGGUGGCCAUCCCGCCGGAGAUCCCGGAAAUCGCCCGCCUCGAGGUGGGCCGGGAGGCCAUCUUCGAGGGCGUCCGGACGGGCUUCGCCCGGGCCUACGACGCCCUCGUGGAAGACCCGUCCCAGCGGGGGAGGGGCGAAACGGUCGCCAGGCUGUACUUUCCCGACGAGAUCCUGGACUACUCGCCGGCCGAGAUGCUCGCGCUGCAACGGGACAAGCCGGAGCACGCCUCCCGGUCGGCCUUUGAGAUCUACCUCGAGGAGUCCGGGGUCUGGCCAAAGGCGUGGGAGGGAUGCCCCUCGCCCCCGCUGGGGGAGUCCUCGGACCGGGCGCUCGCCGGGGGGAAGCGCGGGGCGGCGCCGAGCGGCGUUCCGUGAGAGGGCCGCUUUGCUUUGCUUUGCUCCGCAUCUCGACUCGCGUCGCAUCUCGUCUCGUCUCGUCUCGCCCGGAUUCGCGAAAGAGUCCAAGACUCUCCACACACGGGUUUGCCAUACCCCAGCAAACGUUACUCUAGCAACGCCGGUGGUCUUGCCAUUUCCCAACCAGAGAAAAUGUGUGGUGCAAAACAAACAAGUUGUAAAAAC